UCUCUCUUCCUAAACCUUGAUUGGAUCUUCAAUAACAAUCAACUACAUCAUGGAAAUGCUGGAGAAUGUGUGGGCAAGCUUCAUCAAUGGAGGAACGAAACAAUCUGGAGACUACGAAUCGCAGUUUUCCUCUGCCGCAGAUGAAAACAUGGUAAACAGAGGACCAACAAUGGGAAACAAUAACAAUGGGCUGGAAAGGCUGCCGAGCUUGGGGAGAUGGAUAUCAAUGGGGGAAGAGGCCUGGGACGAAAUCCUUCGAACCCAAUUCCUCAUUCCUCCAUCUGAAAAUACCCAAUUGCCCUCUUCGAGCAACAUUACCUCUGGAACCUUCGACGAUCACCAAGCCGGCAAAUCGACUAAAACGACGUCGUGCAGGCGUUACAGGGGAGUGAGGAGGCGGCCAUGGGGGAAGUACGCGGCGGAGAUAAGGGACUCGACGGCGGAGAACGGCGGCGCUAGGGUAUGGCUGGGAACGUUUGAGACGGCGGAGGAAGCGGCCCGGGCUUAUGACAGGGCGGCUCUGAGGAUCAGGGGAGCCAAGGCGAGUCUUAAUUUCCCCGGAGAAUUGGUUUCGGGCUUGGUCGGUGAUUGCUGCCGGACGGCCGGUUGUGAUUCUGAAGGGGAAGAUUUGCGGCGGCGGCGGCGGAGGAGGAAGAGGGUUGCGAGGGAAUGGGAAUUGGGCGGCGGUGAUUCGAUGGGGAUCGAGCCGCCGGCGCUGAAGAGAGUGGCCGGAGAGGUGGAAGGGAAGUUUGGAGUUGAGAUUGAAGGUCUUGAGGAGCUCAUUGGGAGCGAUUUGUUGGAUAAUUUGUUGGCUUCUUUGUCCGAACUCAAUUGAAGCGUAGAAUAUGUUGAAAAUAUGAGUAUAAUUCUCAAUCGGUGUCUUAUGCCAAUUUAUUCAUGUGCAAAAUUUAUUUUGGUUUAUCGAUAAGUUAUUUAAUUACUAAUAUUUUUAUUUUAGCGCUCAAAGAAAUAAUAAUGUAAAAUGUAUAAGUUUAGGUUGUACCAUAAAAGAAUUUGUUAAUGUGACUUGAAUCAGACUAUCAGCCGCCACGAUUGGUAAUUGGGGGUCUCGCUGCCCGGUCAGCGAGUGGGGUCCAGGGGCAACGCCCCGGUGGGGGUGCGGGGGCAACGCCCCCAGCCCGCGGUGUAUGGGCUCAAUGUUAUUUGGGUUCGGGUUCUGAGCCUGGUCUGUAACCGUUUCCUUUGCCAGAUUGGAUUAGGUUUAGACCCACAUCGAGAAGUACUAUAAAUACUUCUCAUACUCAUCUGUAAUCUGUAAUCUCCUCGAUAUAGUGAAAUCGGCUCUCUCUCGCCCGUGGACGUAGAACACACAUCGUGUUAGUCAACCACGUAAAUCGUGUGUCGUGUUUUCGAUUCUCGCUUUCGUAUUCUUGCUUUGUCGAUUCGGGCGAUUUCCCGAUCCGUAGCAGCGCAUUUUAUAACAGAAUUUGUAUCCUUAUGUUAUGGUACAACUUCACAACUUGAAGUUGUACCAUCACAUAAAAGUACAAGUUCAAGUUAUACCAUAAAAGAAUUUGUACAAAACAGUAUAGGUACAAUUUGAAGUUGUACCAUAACGUUAAAGGUACAACUUGAAGUUGUAUCAUAAAGACAAAAACCUAUAACACCAAUACUAUAUAGCAUUGUAAAAUUCCUCAUCCUCACUAGGCUAAAUGCAACCAUGAGAUCUAGCAAUUAAACCAAGUUGAGCAAUCAUAAACUUCAAUGAGAUGGUGCAUCUUUAAUUACUCAAAUAGACUAAUUGGUGAAUGAUGCACCAUUUAGUUAUUCAAAUAAACAAGCAAACCUCACCUUACACUUUAAAUGGGGUGUUGCCCUCAACGGACUAGAACAAGAAAGAAGGUAAUAGAAAGAACAUAUUAUCUUGUAGACGAAAACCGUUCGGAAGUGUUUGAAUGACUAACACACAUUGUUUAGACACAAAGCAAAAAACAAAAUAAAAAAAGAACAAAUCAGAAAGAACAAGUGUGUAUACUCCUCAGCAAUCAGCAUAAGAUAUGAAAAUAAAGAGAAAAUAAGAGAAGAGAGAAUAUGAUAUAAUACCAAUAAGUCAUUGAAUCAUCACUUAUCGUUGUGAAAAGAGUAACUCCUCUGUCUCGCGUCAUUGUUCCCUUUUUUUUCGAAAAUAUCCAAAAAGGACUAACUAGGCUCUUGGGUCUAUCCAUCAUGGAUCAAGAGGAAAUGAAGCACAAAUCGCCAAAUUUUGAGAAUAGGGUAAAGAAAUAACACGACAAAGUGAAACCAUCUUUGUAAUAUUAGAGUGAUUUCGGCCAGAAACCAGCUACAUUUUUGUAAUAGAUCACACGAGAAGAUAAGGCUAUGGUGGGACAGACCCUCUAUGGUGUCGUGCGAACCAGCCACUAUAGAUUGUUAUGACCACUUUAAAAUUUAUUCAUUAUGAUUCUCCAAACUCUUUCAACAAAGUUAUAAAUACUAGGGGAGCCCCAUUUUAGAAAUCACAAAUGAGUUAAAUUACUUAGUUUCUUCCAAUAUCUUAUAACCGGAUAAAGAUAGACAAAUAAG